GGAGGCGCGGGGCUGGGCCGAGGCUGCCCCGCUCGGGCCCGCCUCGCUCUGAGGAGGGGGGCGCCCCGCCCCCGUUCACGAGAGAAGCAAAUACAACUGCAUCUGGGAUUUCCCCCUCCAUUUUUUAAUUGGUUAUUUAAUUGGUUGAAAACACAUGUUUGGCUGCAGGAAAGUUGGACUGGAUUAUUACCAACUGAUCAGAGGAUAAUCAUACCUUUCGACAUGUAUACCUCCGAGAGAUCUUCUUGGACAAGCCACCUUAAUUUUAUAUCUAUCUGGAACUAUAUGCAGAGAGGCAACCAGUCAUGAGUUCUGAUGUUGAACAGGAUGCUGCUGUCAAACUUGCUCAAGAACGUGCUGAGAUAGUUGCCAAGUAUGACCGAGGACGUGAAGGUGCCCAGAUUGAGCCCUGGGAAGAUGCAGACUACCUACUUUACAAAGUCACCGAUAGAUUCGGUUUCUUGCACCAAGAGGAGUUACCAGUCCAUGAUGCAGCAUCUGAGAAGCAAAAGCAGCUUGAAAUUGAAAGAACUACAAAAUGGCUGAAAAUGUUAAAAAGCUGGGAGAAAUACAAGAACACAGAUAAGUUUCACAGAAGAAUCUAUAAAGGAAUUCCAUUACAGCUGAGAGGUGAGAUCUGGUCCUUGUUGCUCGAUGUCCCGAAAAUGAAAGAAGAAAUGAGAGAUUAUUAUAACACUUUAAAAACACAAGCAAGAGGGACCUCUCCAGAUAUCCGGCAAAUUGAUCUUGAUGUUAAUCGGACCUAUCGGGAUCACAUAAUGUUCAGAGACAGAUAUGGAGUAAAGCAACAGUCUCUGUUUCACGUCUUAGCUGCAUAUUCCGUUUAUAACACGGAGGUUGGAUACUGUCAAGGGAUGAGCCACAUAACAGCACUGCUCCUUAUGUAUAUGAAUGAAGAAGAUGCUUUCUGGGCUCUGGUGAAACUGCUCUCGGGGCCCAAGCAUGCUAUGCAUGGUUUUUUUAUUCCUGGUUUUCCUAAGCUGUUGAGAUUUCAAGAGCAUCAUGACAAAAUCAUGAAGAAAUUUUUGUCCAAGCUUAAGCAUCACUUUGAUUCCCAGGAGGUCAACACCAGCUUUUACACAAUGAAGUGGUUCUUCCAGUGUUUCCUUGACCGUACUCCCUUUAGGUUAACCCUCAGGAUCUGGGAUAUCUACAUACUUGAAGGAGAGCGAAUUCUUACUGCAAUGGCUUACACCAUUUUGAAGCUGCACAGAAAACACUUGAUGAAAUUGCAGAUGGAAGAACUGGUCCAGUUUCUUCAGGAGAGUCUUGCCAAAGAUUUCUUCUUUGAGGAUGAUUUUGUAAUAGAACAGCUCCAAAGCGCCAUGGCGGAACUGAGACGAGCAAAGAUGGACCUUCCGGUUGCGGGUAAAGAUGAUGAAAUUCCAAAGAAGUUGGGGAAAAUUCCGGCAGACAGUCAACCUGCCAUGCUGAAUCUCACCCAUCUAGUCAAUGGACAAAAAAGCACUGGCGUAUCGAAGGGGGCCCGGGCCAGCCAGAGGACUGGACAAGGGCACAGGGUGCCCACAGGGAGAGGUGGAGAAGGCUCACCAAGAACACACACAGAGGGAGGCCGAGGAGGCUCACCAAGAACACACGCAGAGGGAGGCCGAGAAAGCUCACCUACAGCGCGUGCAAAGAGAGGGCGACAAGGCUCACCAACAGCACCUGCAGAGAGAGGCCGGCAAAGCUCACCAAACCCCCAAAGAAGAAAAAAUUCUCUGGAAAAGAAGCAUACACUGAGACCGCAAAAGCCUGUAACACUAAACAUGCAGAAUGGGUUGCCGAAGCAUGAUGGGGAGACCCACAGAAGAAAGCCUGAAACCCAAACAGAGGCUGAUUCCAAGCAGAAACACAGUGCAGCUGCUAACCAAAACUCCAAUGCGGUAUUAACUACAGGGAAAGAAUUUGUACCAAGGUGGAUUAAACCUUCCGAUAUUAAGAUAAUUGAAAAAACUACAAAAAUCACCAUGGAGAUCAAGAGCAGGUCGCCAAACCAGGACAAUACAGGAACACCCCCUGCUCCUGUCGAUGAAGUUCAGGUACUCAACCUAAAGCAAAAGAUUAGGGUUUGGGAUGUCGAUGAAGGUAAGCGUGGGUCCAACGCAUCAGUGUAUGACAACGUUCCUGAUGCUGACCUGGAGGAUGAAAACUCCGUAGAGGAGGCACCAGAAAGAGUUCUUCUGCAAAGCCCAAGAAACACAGCUUACGCCAGCAAUUCAAGGAAGCAGGUCCAGAAGGGAUCUAGUCCACCAAAAAUACCCAACAGUUAUGCCUUCAGCUCACAACCCAGAGUCCCCAGAUACUCAUCCCAGUCUGAUGGAUCGGUUGGUGGACCUCAUAUAAAACCACCACCACCACCAUCUUAUAAUAAUCCACCCAUUUACCAUGGGUAUUCUCCAAAGCACAUUACCAAAGUAGGUCAUCCUAACUUCAUGGCCACACAGUACAAUCAUGGGACUCAAACCAGCUCCGCUACUCAGUUGUAUAUCCCUGAUUUUCCAACCGAGGUGCUCUCUGAUAAGUCACAUAGAAAUUACUCUGCCCACCACCAAAACCUUGUUGUGACUCCUUCUAGUCGAAUAGAGGUUCUCCCAGAUGACACAUUCACAAGCAAUCCCAGGUCACCAACAGGCCUCCAUCUUGCAGUUCCUCCAGUAGAUUAUUUGCCGGAUAAUAAAAAAUGGUCAGAUCCCAAUUUAAUAUACAAACACGGAGCAUAUGGGCCAUCUUGGAGUAUCGAUGGUAGCCGAAGUCACUUGGGUAACUUGAAGAAACAUCCAGCAUUUCAGCCUACGCCUCUUGAAGACCACAACCUUCUCACCGUUUCCGUGGAUAGGCCUCUGAGAUACAGGACAGCCUCAGGGGAACUUGGCCCGCCCUCCUAUCAGUAUCCAGGUUCCCCAGGCCCCACCUGCCGCUACGGACACCAAGCGGAUGGGUUGUCUGUGAAUGAGUCAGUGCUGCUUUGAGAGGUCACUUGUGCUCACCCAAAAGGCCAGAAAGAGAACACGCGUGGUUGACAGUGACCUAAGAUUAGUAUUCUUUAUACAGGACAGUUCAAACUGUAUGCAGAAAGUAACACUAUUUCACAGCUGUGUUAAGUUUUGACAAAGACUGACACCGAGAAAUGAGCAGAGCAAAAAGAAUCUCAUAAAUGUAGCAAUACCUUCCCUGUGGCUCUCGUGGCAGUUGUUUGGUUCAGUCCCUUCUUUGGGGAAUGACCUCACUGCCUAAAAUUUGCAACGCCCCAACUCGGUCAGCUGCUUUUUGACUUGACAGUACGACCCAGGAGACACUUGGCUGGGGGAGGAUACAGAGUCUGAAAAUGGAGGCAUGGAUGUUUUGGAACUCCACCCACAAAGUACUUCUUAAUUUAAUUUUUUUAAUUUUUGGUUAAUUUAAUUUAUAAAUCAUCUGUUAUUUAGGAAGGGAUUUUGGGUGGGGAGGGGGUGGGAUGUCUGGAUGUUUUUUUACACACUGCCUCAAUAGCUGCAGGAAAGAGAAGUCUGGGUCAUCGGGGGGCCAUCUCUGGAGAGGGAUGCUGCGGCAUAUUGCUAGCUAGAACGACGACUUUGGUGUCCAAAUCAAUGGCGUUCUGAUAUAGCCAAUAAAUGGUGCUUCUGUAACCAGGACUGUAUGUGAAUUGUAGCACAUUAUCGGGUAUCGGGGUAUCUGAACCCCUCCUCCACAUUCACCUCUCCAAAGCCAGCUAUGCAUUGUAGUCGUUUUCGUUUUGAAAGCCCCGUGUGUGUUUUGGGGAGGGAGGUCAGAAGCGCAGCAGGUGCAAUUUAUGCAUUUGUAGUGUAGGGGGUUAACAAGGUUUGGCCGUUGAUGAUUCAGAAGAGAUGAGCUACCGGGCUGGUUUUGCACUGGCCUGGCCCAUUCCUGCCUUUUCCAUGUGGGGUUACGCAUCUGCCUGGGGUUCACCAAGACCGAGCAUGGGUUACCUUGGUCCAAACCGUCAGUCCGUAUCCCUUGUUUUGAUAGCAUUGUUGAGCGCAUAAUGUAUGCGUGGCUAUGGCACUGUGCAAAGACCUGUAACGGGCAUAUGAACGCCCACCGGCAAACUGCAAGGGGCCUGUGAGCGCGUUCCGUACAUUCACAAAAGGCUGCGUGCCUCCUGUUGGGCAGCCUCUUUUGGCUACAGCGGUUGCGUAGCCGGUCUUUCUGGAAAUGUGCAGAAGAGCAACCUCAACUACAUACCUGCCCAGAAAGAUGAAAGAAGAUGCCUUUUUAAGAGCAAGUUAACCCCCUAGAAAUAGACAUUUCAAAUAAAAAAAAAAAUCCUAAAAGAUAUGACCCCUUGAAAGCAUUCCUCACUUCUGUAAAAAAGCAUGUGGUGCUUUCACACAAGGCCUUGAUAGCAAGGUUACGUUGAUCUCCCUCUGUCACACGCGCCAGCAGUAUUGUCUUGGAGGCUUCUGCUGGGGUUGCCCUUUGAAGGGUUGCAUUCAGGCUGGUUUGGUGACACAGUGGACACGGUCUUCCAGGACUGGGUGUCUCUCAUUUCACGGAAAGGGAAGUGAAACAGGAAGGUGUUUGGUGGGAGUGCUGAAACUGUUGUUCCAUAACACGUAAAACAACAAAUCCAAGGAGGCAUAGGCCGUAUUCGAUUUUGGUUUGCCAGGCUCUUAGUUACAGAUUUGCACACUAGCAUCCUCAUAUUCCUGGCUAUCCUUAAAAACUAGCAAAACCACUGAUUGGCUGAGUUCAGCUUGGUGAGGGGAAAUUGCACAAGCUCAACAGUGUGCUCGGCGACCCAAGCUGGGCUCUACGGCAGUGUUUCUCAACCUUGGGAACCUUAAGGUGUGUGUGGACUUCAACUCCCAUGCUAGCUGGGGAAUUCUGGGAGGUGAGGUCCACAUAUCUUAAAGUUUCCAAGAUUGAGAAACGCUGCUGUACAGCCUGUUCUUUUGUGCUCAAAUAACAAUUCAACCUUUUGAUGCCUUGAUUUGAUGAGCACUAAAGACAGUGGCUCCCUAGCCUGGCAGGGGUCUGUUGUGAUUCCAGAAUGAUGAGCUCUUUCUUUUCUCUUGUUUCAUAAUUUUGUCUGUUCCUCUCUUCUUGAGCAUCCUUGUCCAUUCCCAUAACAAGCUUGAACAUCUUGUUUUUCUUGAGAGCAAUAGACUGUUAUGCCCUUGAUUGGACUAGUGCUGCUGUACUGUUUGGCCCUUAAAAGAUGAUUAUAGGUAUAAAGUCUAGUGCUGAAGUGCUCCUUCGUUGUUGUUCGGAAGCUGGCAAAUUUACUGCAUCUUGGCGUUCACUCUUCUGACUUCCACUUGUAGGGCAAAAGUAGCUGGAAGAAGCAGUCAGAAAAAGGAUUUAGAGAUCUUAGUCCCACUGAUUUUGGGGGGUGGGGUGGGCAGCCACUUCAGGUAGUCCCGCAGUGGUCCCAAAGACCAUCAUCCAACCCUUCUCCCCCCAGGGUUUCCAGUUACCCUUGUUAGUUCUAUUUGGACAGCAGCUGUUUAGCUUCCUUGUGAAGGAAUGAGUGGUGUGACAUAGAAAUGGAUGGGGAUAUGCAUGAGCUUGAAGCUGCCAUUGAUGUUCCUACAUCACAAGACUGCCCAGGCUGGAGAAAGCUGAUCUAGUCACACUUUUCAGCUGGCCAAGCAGCUGCAUCUCUGUUUAAUGGGAGAUUCAUAUUCUCUUCCCUCCAGGCCCCCUUCCUGGGUUCACAAAAUGAACUAAGCCAUAAUAUAGCUGAUUUUGGUUUUUGGUUCAGUGUGUUCUCUGAACCUUACCACUUCUGUGCUCCAUUAAGACAGAGUUUGCAGCUCAGUCCAGUGUGUAAACCCUACCACUGUGGUUUAUUCAACAAAGCCCUAGGGCUGCAUGUCAAUUACGCUUUCCUUUCUCCAAGUUAAAAUUCUCAGUGACAUCACCACAAAGACCGGAGGCCUACUGAAAGAUCCAACGUUAAGCCAGCAAAUGCACAGAGAUUUCAUUCAGGGCCUUCCAACUCUAAUUGCAGAGAUGCAAGAUCCACUACAGGGCAAUAUUCCCCCCCCCCCCCCAAACAGUACAGCCCUCCCACCAGGUUCUACACUGGUCCACUCAAGGAUAAAAAUGCCAAACAAAACAGUGUCGAAAUACUUAGACUUCCUCUUGACUGCAUGAAUGGUGAAAAUGGUCAAACUACAUUGUUUUCCCUCUACGCUACAUCAGGUUUGUACAGCUUAUGACCCACCAAAUUGAGCCUGAAUUUUGCACACGCAGGCAACCAACCAACAGGUUUGCUGAGUCCCUUCCAUACUCCAACCACCAAACCUGGUCUGUGGUCUGUGUGAGCUUUGUGAGUCAUGAGCUGGACAGACCUGCCUUAAACAAACUACUCUGCUUUAGUGCCUACAUUUACUGCAGAAUGGCAUAUUUGUGGUAGUGAGGUCUUUUUAAAAAAAAAAAAAAAAGGUAAAGUAACAUUUAGCCUACGUGAUGGACAUUUGGUGUGUAUACCAAGUCAGAUGUAAUUUUUAAAAUUAAUUUGAGAACUCACCACCUUAUAUUUUUUUAAAAACCCUGCUGCAUGCAGCUUUGCAUUCUAGCAAAGGUCCUAAAGGGGCUACGCAACCUGUGUCCCUCCAAGGGAUACUGGACUCCAAGUCCCAUCAGCUCCAACCCCUGUGGCUAAUAGAAAGGGAUGAUGGGACUUACCACUCCAUAUCUUCAGGACCACAUGUUUCCUAACCCUAUUCUAAACUGACAAAUAAUACUUUGUCUUUUACUUUCAUGUUUCAUUUCCUGCAGUGUAGAAAUGUAUGCAUAUAACCAUGUGAUUAUGUCAUAAUCUCAAAGUUUAAACUUUGGCUUUGUGAUUUGUAAUAAUUAUAAUGAAAUUUGAGCUGUACAAUUUACUGGAUGCUAGCAGCAGAAAGGUGGCAGCUGCGAAAAUAUGUAUUGAGAUUAUUAAAUACUGUAGAUUUUUAUACAUAAAAUAUAUAUAUGCUAUUUUUCUUA